CAGAGCUAAAAUGGCAGGGAGAGGAGUUAAGCUGGAAAUAACAAACUUCUCUUGUGCCAUCUGUUCUGAUUUAUUUAAGGAUCCGGUGACUAUUCCCUGUGGACACAGCUACUGUAUGAACUGCAUUACAGAUCACUGGGAUGUAGAGGAUCAGAGGAGGAUCUACAGCUGCCCUCAGUGCAGGAAAGAGUUCAGCCCGAGGCCUGUCCUGGUAAAAAACUCCAAGUUAGAAGUUUUAGUCGAAAAGUUUAAAUAUGCUGGAAACCUAUCUGCUGAUCACUGCUAUGCUGGACCUCAAGAUGUGGCCUGUGAUGUCUGCACUGGAAGGAAAUUGAGAGCUGUCAAGUCCUGUCUGGUCUGUUUGGCUUCUUAUUGUGAGAACCACCUCCAACCUCAUUACAGUGCUCCACCAUUAAAGAGACACAAUCUGGUCAACCCCUCCAAGAAGCUCCAGGAGAACAUCUGCUCUCAUCAUGAUGAUGUGAUGAAGAUCUUCUGCCGUACUGAUCAGCAGUGUAUCUGUUAUCUCUGCUUAAUGGAUGAACAUAAAGGCCAUGAAACAGUCCCAGCUGCAGCAGGAAGGACUGAGAAGCAGAAGGAGCUCCAGGAGAGACAACAACAAAUCCAGCAGAGAAUCCAGGACCAAGAGAAAGAUGUGAAGCUGCUUCAACAGGAGGUGGAGGCCAUCAAUGGCUCUGCUGAUAAAGCAGUGGAGGACAGUGAGAAGAUCUUCACUGAUCUGAUCCGUCAGAUCCAGAAAAGAAGCUCUGAUGUGAAGCAGCAGAUCAGAUCCCAGCAGGAAACUGAAGUGAGUCGAGUCAAAGAGCUUCAGAAGAAGCUGGAGCAGGAGAUCACUGAGCUGAAGAGGAAAGAUGCUGAGCUGGAGAAGCUCUCAAUCACAGAGGAUCACAACCAGUUUCUCCAGAACUACCCCUCACUGUCAGCACUCAGUGAGUCUACACACUCAUCCAGCAUAAAUAUUCGUCCUCUGAGAUACUUUGAGGAUGUGACAGCAGCUGUGUCAGAGCUCAGAGAGAAACUACAGGACAUCCUGAGAGAAGGAUGGACAAACAUCUCAGUGGCAGUAUCUGAUGUGGAUGUCCUGCUGUUGACACCAGAACCAAAGACCAGAGAAGACUUUUCAGAAUAUUUUCGAUACAUCAGUCUGGAUCAGAACACAGCACACAUGAACCUGUUGCUGUCUGACGACGACAGAAGAGCGACUUUAGUGAAAAGAAAGCGUACAUAUAUUAACCAUCCAUACAGAUUCAAUUAUUGGAUUCAGGUCCUGAGUAGAGAGAGUCUGACUGGGCGUUGCUACUGGGAGGUGGAGUGGAGUGGCAGAGGUGUUGAAGUAGCUGUUUCAUACCAGAACAUCAGCAGAGUAGGUAACUCAUAUGAAUGUGCCUUUGGAUGCAAUCCCAAUUCCUGGGCUUUAAGAUGUGAUGGUAAAAGUUACACAUACAGAUUUAACAAAGUCCAAAUCAAAGUAUCAGGUCCAGUUUCCUCCAGAAUAGGAGUUUAUCUGGAUCACAGAGCAGGUAUUCUGUCUUUCUACAGCGUCUCUGAAACCAUGACUCUCCUCUAUAGAGUCCAGACCACAUUCACUCAGCCUCUAUAUGCUGGGAUUCAGUUCUUUUACUACUACUUUUUCUAUCUAAGAGGGGACACGGCUAAGUUUAUCAUACUGUAACAGCGACAUAUUAAGCAGGAACGGGUAGCUACUGCGUACCAGUAAAAGACCUAGGGGUGCCAUGCAGACCAGCUAUUUUGUGCCACCAAAUUCAGCUUACAGCUACCAGUUUAAGAAGACAGAUGUGCACAGGUGCUUGGUUCCAGGUACUCAGAUUCACUUCCAUACAGAAAGCCCAUAUUCUUAUCUUCAGGU